UUCCUCCGACCAUCCCCCAGCUUCCGGCCCACGUAUUCAGCCCUUCCGAGAGGCGUCCUCCUCGCGUGACUCGCUCUCCUGCUCCACGGCUCCACCUCGUGAGCUCCGCCGCCGCCUCGCCAGUCGCUACAGGCCAGCCAUCCUCCCCCACCUACAGGCUACAGCUAGAAAGCUCGCGGCUGCACUCGCAUGCUCCUAGCCUCCUCUCGCCUAUCGCCCCUGCGCGUCCCGCCUCGCCGCCUCCGCCACCUCGCUCCGGGGUACCCGAUGGCCUCCACGUUCGCCAUCCUCAGGCCCUCCGCGCCGGCCCCGCUCGCCGGCCGGGUCCAGGUUGCUGCGCCGUCGGCCGCGAGGGUGGCCCCGCCGUCCAGAUCUAGGUUCUCGUCGGCCAGGGUGUCGCUUGGGUCGGAGGUGGCGGUCGGCGCCGACUCACUUUUCGCCGACUACAAGCCCACCACUGCAUUCCUCUUCCCCGGCCAGGGUGCCCAAACAGUUGGAAUGGGUGCAGAAGCUCAGAGUGUUCCAGCAGCUGCCAAACUGUUCAACCAGGCAAACGACAUACUUGGAUACGACUUGUUGAAUCUUUGCACCAAUGGACCAAAAGAAAAGCUUGACUCAACAGUGAUCAGUCAGCCAGCUAUAUUUGUUACCAGCCUUGCAGCGGUAGAGGUACUACGGGCACGUGAUGGAGGCAAAGAUGUAAUUAACUCUGUAGACGUCACAUGUGGUCUCAGCUUGGGAGAAUACACCGCACUUGCAUUUGCUGAUGCUUUUAGCUUUGAGGACGGCCUGAAGCUUGUCAAGCUAAGAGGAGAAGCUAUGCAGGAUGCUUCAUAUGCUGCCAGUAGUGCGAUGGUUAGUGUAAUUGGUCUAGAUUCAGAAAAGGUGCAACAACUAUGUGAUGCUGCUAAUGAGGAAGUAGAUGAAAAAGAAAGAGUUCAGAUAGCAAAUUUUCUGUGUCCUGGGAAUUAUGCAGUUUCUGGUGGUGUAAAGGGUAUUGAAGUGGUUGAAGCCAAAGCAAAGUCCUUCAAGGCCAGAAUGACGGUCCGCCUAGCUGUUGCUGGUGCUUUCCAUACUAGCUUCAUGCAACCAGCUGUUUCAAGAUUGGAAUCUGCGUUGGCUGCCACAGAGAUUAGAACACCGAGAAUUCCAGUCAUCUCCAAUGUUGACGCGCAACCUCACUCAGACCCUGACACAAUUAAGCAGAUUUUGGCGCAGCAGGUAACCUCUCCUGUACAAUGGGAGACCACUGUGAAGACUCUUAUGGGCAAGGGGCUUGAGAAAAGUUAUGAACUUGGACCUGGAAAGGUUAUAGCAGGUAUUUUGAAGAGGAUCAACAAAGGUGCUAGUAUUGAGAACAUCGGUGCUUGAGAUGUUAGAAUUUCAAGAUCUCCAGGUCAUAUAAUAAGGUCAGGGGUCUGGAGUACCCCUGAUGGUACGAAAUUUUACAGAAAAGGGGUGAUGGCAAUUGCUCUCACUCAUCAGGGGUAAAAUACGACCCUACAAUGAUUAUUACGAUGAUUAUUGUAAGAUCAGUUUCGAUGCCAUAGAGUUGGGAGAUUUUUCGGUUAUGUUUAUUUACCUCCCGUGGUUGAAUUUAGACCUCGAUGUGUAAUGUACACUUGUAAACUCGAGUGAAAACUCCAUGAUCAUCUGAACGUAAGUGUAGUUUUCGCUGUAUUAAAAAUGUUAGAGCAUGUCAGAUUGGUAA